AUGGAGCCCCGUGUAACGACGCUCACGGAGCGCAUCUUGUCGGAAACCAUUUCUUUCAUCAACUGGGCUGUAGGGGCGAUCGCGGAGUGUUCGGUGCUUCCGAUGAUCGAGGGGGAUACCAGGCAUCUGCUCAAAGGAAACGAAUUUGCCCCCGUGGAUUAUGGCCUGGUAGAGACACCGCCGGCCCUGGAGGGUUGUCCAGCCGCGGAUCGAGCCUUUGAACUCUGGAGGAGGUACCCGGACCUCCGGAACGAAGUACGCGGUGUCGAGUUCAAAUGCUUCGGCGAUAGCGUGACGAGGGUCGCGCAGGAGCGCCCUCGCCACACGAUAGCCCUGACGCCCUCCCAGCAACAGCACGCGGCGGCGGUGCUCGUGUAUUCCUGUACGACUCCUCGUCUGAUCAGGGUGAUUCCGGCUUGGUUUUUCGACUACGCCUUUACCUACUCGCGUGUCUGUACAGUCGCGGAGCCGAUCGGCGCCGCCUACCAUUGCCGCAUAGCCACCCGAGCGCCGGUGGUGUGGGAUGCAUUCGCCAUGCCCAUCGCCUGCCUGGGGAAGGACUUGAACGACAUUCUGGCGUUCUGUCAAGGGAAAUCAGCGCACUGGUCGAACUCGUUCCGAGGAUGGUCGUACGAGCACUGCCCGCGGCCUCGGCCCUGUGGGAUCGAGGAGCAGCUGAUAGGGUCGGGCGUCGGCAUUGACCCGGACGCCUGGUGGAUCGACGACAUCUGUACUCAUUUCGCCACUUAUGGGCGAUACCACGACGCCAGGAAGUUGGACCUUCGGCCGGGAGUGGGCGACUUCGCGUUCGUUCGACGAGCCACGGGAGAAAUGUACUCGGCAGAGCUCAAGAGGGCCGUAACCAGUCUUGGCGCCGAGGGUGAGAUAUGCUGCGUGUCGCGUUUUCGCGACGACAUUGAAGCGACCGUUCGUGGAAGAUACUUCUCGGCCUUGAAUCCGGUCGACAUAUACUUACUUGAGUUGCGGCGGCCUCAGUGGGGCUGGCUCCUUUUGCCGCAGAACAUUUUACCAGAUUCGUGGUUUGACGGAAGCGCCGAAAGUCAGGCCGGUCGCGGACGGCUCUUAAGGUGGAAGCCAGACAGUGCGGACUUCUUCGCGAGGCAUCGAAUCCACGCCAACCCAUCAGACGGGGAGGUGUUUGUUGCCCAGGCGGACCGUAUUCUGAACCGGUACUCCAAUCUGCACGCUCGACCCCGACCAUACUGCCUACCCCUCGGCGUCCUAAAUCUUGAAGCAGGAGAGGGUUCUCUCGACGACGGUGCGAGCAGGGGCUCGGGCAGCGCCGCUGGCAGCGAGGGACCCCGGGCAGCUGCGCCGCGGGCAGGAUGGACGCCGAAGACACGCCCGAGCUGGUCACAACUGACCUUCGACUCCACGGAGGCGGGGAGGUAUAAUCGACAAUGCGAAAAAUUGGGGUGGGGUUCGUUCUAUCCGUUGCAAGCACAUCCCGCUGAGUCGUAUGUGUUCACGCCUUUUCUCAACCAGGAAUUCGCGCUGGGGCAUCCAGACACCCCGUUCAUCAAAGUUCGCUUUGCCUGUAUUUCUUUGGUGGACUCCCUAGCUGCGAUCUCCCUGCACGGCCGCCGGGCGUUUGAAAGGGCGACGCGACAAGGUGAACGAUCCAUCGUUGUGCUCGCGCCAUCUCUUGCGACCGGCGGUCGACAAGCCGGGACACUGAGGGAGCAGGCCAGCAUCCGGUACGUCAUACCAUCGGAGCAGCUGGCGUCGCCCGACCUGGCCGCACGGUUCGAGGCGGCGGCGCGGAGAGGAGCCACCAUCACCAACCCGGUCCCGCUGCCCCUGCGGGAUGGAGAGCUCAUUGACGUGUACGCCGUCCCGCUAGAGAUGGUGGUCUUCAAACUCUUCGACUUGUUUCAACAACUUGGAGGCGCAGGGACCCAAUUUUUUGGCAUCGACCAGUCUUUCGGGACUGAACGACUCCGUUGCGGCUGCACCAUCAACGUACAGGAGUACAUCACCAAUCAGUCCUCGCUACUUCGAGCCUGGGUGGAGGCCGCCCAGACGAUGGCCAGAACCGGGGGCACCCAAGCCCGGCCAAGAGGCAUGACACAACGCAGGAGUGCACGCACUUGUGAGCACUGUCGCUCUCUGAAGCUCGGGUGCAGUUUAGACGCCUCCGGCGAACAGGAGCGGUGCGACCGCUGCAAGGGAGAAGACCGGCUCUGCGUGGUUGAAAAGCAUCUUGAGAAAUGA